AUGUUUGACAGACGAUUGGAGAUAGCGAUAAAGGCUGGAGAUGGGAAGGAGAUUGAAGGCAACGGAGCUGCUGACUGUAAGGGGGUUCCCGAUCACAUGGGAAUCCCCCACCUGGCGGAUGAGGAUCACAGGAACAGUAAGUACUGUACCUGGAAACACCAGGGAGGCCUCCAUGGGGUCCAGAAACAUGGCUGGCGGGCCAGACUACAGGCAGACGUCCACCUGGCACUGGAGGAGCUGCACGCCUUGGUCAACAAGCACCAGACAGCCUACCCCGAGGCGUUUACUACCAUCUGGUCUGGUGGAGAUCUGGUCUGGUGGAGAUCUGGUCUGGUGGAGACCUGGUCUAGUGGGGAUCCGGUCUGGUGGAGAUCUGGUCUGGUGGAGACCUGGUCUGGUGGAGAUGUGGCCCGGCAGGAGGCGGUGGUCAUCUCGGGGACGGCCCUGGCCAGGCAGAUCCAUGAGGAGGUGCGGAGGGAGCUGGAGGAGUGGGUCUCACUGGGCAAUGCCCGGCCCAGGCUCAGUGUGGUCCUGGUCGGUGAUGACCCCGGCAGCCACAUCUACGUGAAGAACAAGACCAAAGCUGCAGCUUCCGUAGGUAUUAGCAGUGAAACCAUCUUGCGGCCCUCCAGUGUGUCCCAGCAGGAACUGAUGGAGCUGAUCGAGAGGUUAAACAGGGACCCGCACGUGACUGGACUGUUGGUUCAGCUGCCCCUGCCUGCCCACAUUGAUGAGCGGCUGGUGUGCAACGCGGUGGUGCCGGAGAAGGAUGUGGACGGCUUUCACGUGGUCAACGUGGGCAGAAUGUGCUUGGAUCAGCGGGCCAUCCUCCCCGCAACUCCAGCUGGCGUCUGGGAAAUGAUCAAAAGGACCGGGAUCGAGACGGUGGGGAAGAACGUGGUGGUGGUGGGGAGGUCGAAGAACGUCGGGAUGCCCAUCGCUGUUCUCCUUCACACAGACGGGCGGCAUGAGAGACCAGGCGGUGAUGCCACCGUGACCAUCACCCACAGGUUCACCCCCAAGGAGCAGCUGAUGGCUCACACACUGUUGGCAGAUAUCGUCAUUGUGGCCGCAGGGAUCCCGAAACUGAUCACUGCGGACAUGAUCAAGGAGGGAGCGGUGGUAAUCGAUGUCGGCAUCAACCGUGUCCGUGAUCCAGCCACCGGCAAGACCAAACUGGUGGGAGACGCUGACUUCAAAGAGAUCAAGAAGAAGGCCAGCUACCUGACACCGGUCCCUGGCGGAGUGGGUCCCAUGACUGUCGCCAUGCUAAUGAAAAACACACUGAUGGUGACCAAGAAGUUUGUAGCCUACUGAAGACUGGGCCAUGACACUGACUGACCACUUCACCUCCAGGGCUCUUGAAGUUAUUAUAGAAAAUAUAUCUCUUUUAACAAUAUUUAUUUAUAUUUUGCUGGAAGCCAUUAACGUGUACGAUGUAUAUGCUGUAGAUGCAGGAACUGCAGAUGCUAUUUUACAAAACUAAAGACAGAUUGCUGGAGUAAC